UAAUAGCUGGUUUUCGAGGAACAGUCCCACAUGGCCUAUCACUGGAGAUUGGAGACACCGUUCAAAUAUUGGAGAAAUGUGAUGGGUGGUACAGAGGAUUUGCCUUAAAAAAUCCCAAUGUUAAGGGCAUAUUUCCAUCCAACUACAUUCACUUGAAGAAUGCAUGUGUUAAGAACAAAGGACAAUUUGAAAUGGUUAUUCCAACAGAAGAUUCUGUUAUUACAGAAAUGACAUCAACUUUAAGAGACUGGGGAACGAUGUGGAAACAGCUCUAUGUGAGGAAUGAAGGGGACCUCUUUCACCGGCUGUGGCACAUAAUGAAUGAAAUCCUAGACCUGCGAAGGCAGGUCCUUGUUGGCCAUCUCACCCAUGACCGAAUGAAGGAUGUCAAGAGACACAUUACUGCUCGUCUGGACUGGGGCAAUGAACAACUGGGACUUGACUUAGUUCCAAGGAAAGAAUAUGCUAUGGUAGAUCCUGAAGAGAUCAGCAUUACAGAGCUCUACAGGCUGAUGGAACAUCGUCAUCGAAAAAAAGAUACCCCAGUACCAGCUAGCAGUCACCAUCUUUUUGUUCAAAUGAAGAGUUUAAUGUGCUCCAAUCUGGGAGAGGAACUGGAAGUCAUCUUCUCACUCUUUGACAGUAAAGAAAAUAAGCCCAUCAGUGAAAGAUUUUUUUUAAGACUGAAUAGAAAUGGUUUGCCAAAAUGUCCAGAAAAGCCUGAAAGACACUGUUCUCUCUUUGUGGAUUUGGGUAGCAGUGAACUCAGGAAGGACAUCUAUAUCACUGUGCACAUUAUCCGAAUAGGACGAAUGGGAGCUGGAGAAAAGAAAAAUGCUUGCAACGUACAAUAUCGACGGCCCUUUGGCUGUGCUGUCCUCAGUAUUGCAGAUUUGCUGGCAGGAGAUUCAAAGGAUGACCUCGUCUUAAAAGUCUACAUGUGCAAUACAGAGAGUGAUUGGUAUCAGAUCCAUGAAAAUAUCAUUAAAAAGCUGAAUGCACGUUACAACUUGACAGGCUCCAAUGCAGGUCUGGCAGUUUCUCUUCAGUUGCUUCAUGGAGAUAUAGAACAAAUUAGGAGAGAGUAUACAUCCAGAUUUACCCAUGGAGUAUCCAUAACAAGGAAACUAGGUUUUUCCAAUAUUAUAAUGCCUGGGGAAAUGAGGAAUGAUUUAUAUAUCACUGUAGAAAGAGGAGAAUUUGAGAAAGGAGGGAAAAGUGUGGCCAGGAAUGUGGAAGUGACAAUGCAUGUGGUGGACAGCAAUGGUCAAAUUUUAAAGGAUUUUAUCUCGUUUGGCUCUGGAGAGCCACCAGCCAGUGAGUACCAUUCCUUUGUGCUUUAUCAUAACAACGGUCCCAGAUGGGCUGAGCUGCUGAAACUUCCUAUUCCUGUGGAUAAAUUUAGAGGAGCUCACAUCCGCUGCGAAUUCCGGCACUGCUCCACUAAAGAAAAGGGUGAGAAGAAGUUGUUUGGCUUUUCUUUUGUGCCCCUGAUGCAGGAAAAUGGGAGGACUCUGCCAGAUGGCACCCAUGAACUCAUUGUAUACAAGUGUGAAGAAAACACAAACCUUCAGGAUUCUGGUCGCUACCUCAAACUCCCCUUUUCAAAGGGAAUAUCUCUAGGAAACAACAGCCAAGCAGUUAAAACCACUAAGGAGUCCUUCUGGAUUACAUCCUUUCUCUGCUCCACUAAACUCACACAAAAUGGAGAUAUGCUUGACCUUCUGAAAUGGAGAACCCACCCAGACAAAAUUGCAGGUUGUCUCUCAAAAUUAAAAGAAAUUGAUGGUUCAGAAAUAGUGAAGUUUCUUCAAGAUACACUAGACACUUUAUUUGGGAUUUUAGAUGAAAACUCUCAAAAAUAUGGAUCAAAAGUAUUUGAUUGCUUGGUUCACAUAAUAAAUUUGCUGCAGGACAGCAAGUUUCAUCACUUUAAGCCAGUAAUGGACACUUACAUUGAAAGUCAUUUUGCAGGAGCUCUUGCAUACAGGGAUCUUAUAAAAGUCCUGAAGUGGCAUAUUGAUCGAGUCACUGAGGUGGAGCUUCAUGAGCACAUACAGGAAGUACUAAAGGCACAGGAAUAUAUCUUUAAAUACAUAGUUCAGUCUCGAAGGUUAUUCUCUAUUGCCACUGGUGGACAAAAUGAGGAGGAAUUUCGCUGCUGUAUUCAAGAGCUUCUUAUGUCAGUACGCUUCUUCCUUUCUCAAGAGAGCAAAGGAGCUAGUGCUCUAUCCCAACUACAAGCUGUGUUUCUCAGCUCAUUCCCAUCGGUGUAUUCUGAACUUUUGAAGCUCUUUGAUGUAAGAGAGGUGGCCAAUUUGGUUCAUGAUGCUCUGGGCAGCUUGCCAACAGUCAUGCAUGGGGAUGAGUCCCUUCAAGCUGUUAAACUGCAGAGCAUUGGAAAAACUGUAGAGAGUCAUCUGUACACUAACCCAG